UUUAGUGUAUAUGUAAAAAUAAAUUGUGAACUAAUGGUGUAAAAUAGAAUAGAAUGAGUCAACUCUCACCGGGGCAGGAGGCCGCUAUUACUAUUCUACAACAACAAGAGUCAAGCAAAGUUCAAGAACGACUAUCUCCAUCUACAAGAAUAUUUCAUCCUAAUAUAUUAGUCAAGUCAACCUCUAACUUUCCCACAAGUCAACAAACAACUGUCAAUACACUGUCACCUUCUCCUGUCAACUACGGCACCAGUAUGAUGCCGCAGACACCACCAAACUGUUUGCCUGUCACCUCUUCACCUUAUUUUCCUAUUUUGCCACAAACAUCUUCCAACAUGAUUUCACAAAGCGCAAAUGCUGCUGCACUUGGAAUACCAAUGUAUUGUUCUGGUGCGUCAGGACUUGUACCAGAUCACCAUGGCGUAUUACUAAAUGUAGCAGCAAGAGCACUCACAGCAGCUUUUAUGCCUCUCACAAUGAACACUGGUGCUAGAUUACCGAUCUCCUCCGACUUAAUGCAAAGACACUUACCUUUGGUGAUGCCUCAUCAUACAACCUCUCCUGUCACAAGUCCUGAUAUGCUGAUGUCAAAUAUGCAUAGAAGAGAUUCAGAAUACACGAUGGAUGGCACUGGAUGUUCUGGCCCUAAGAGGAUAAGAAAAGAGAGUGCUGAUUCAACGUCUAAUAUCAGUCACAGUUCAUCAUCAUCGCCCACUAAUGUUCAUCCACAUCUCGUUAAAUCUCCUCCUGUGCAAUAUCUACACCAUCAUGAUCUCUCAUUACAGAGAAGAAAAUUUUAUUCAACCUUGCCUGGGGAACCCAAUCAGUACGCGAAGCAGAACGGUGACACCAAUAACAACCGACUGUCACAACUAAAUGAAACACAUUCUGGGGUAAAUGGUCGAAGAAGCAGCAGUGAGAAAAAUCGAGCGUCUCCAGACAGCGCUGGACUAUCCUCUGCCAGUAGCAGUGCUUCGGGAUCGGAAUCUGAAGCUAUUGUGCCUCACUAUGUUCAGCCUCCAUCACCCCCGCCUCCACCAAGAGUCUACAAGCCUUGCUUUGUAUGUGGAGACAAAUCGUCCGGUUAUCAUUAUGGAGUCGCUUCUUGCGAAGGAUGCAAGGGCUUCUUUCGUAGAUCAGUUCAAAAGAACAUGCAGUACACUUGCCACAGGAAUAAAAAUUGCGUUAUCAACAAAUCAACCCGAAGUAGAUGUCAGUACUGUCGUUUACAACAAUGCUUUCAAGUUGGAAUGUUGAAAGAAUCCGUUCGUAACGAUAGAAACAAGAAACGUGGAAAGGAAAAGGAGGGAAAGCCUGGCGAGACAUCUCCCAGUGGAAACAACGGACAGACAACCGAAGAAGUUGUUGUGACGCCAGAGAUUGAAAAUAUUGUACAAGUUGUAUCAAAAGCUCAUUUGGAUACUUUUCCGCUGAGUGAAACGCUGCAGAAAUAUGAUUGCAAAAAGAAUGGCGAGGCCGCCCCUCCGAAGAUGCCACCAGUUGUAAAGCCUCCUUCGCCAGAAGCCGACACAAAACCGCCCGGUGGGGCAGGUGGUUUGGACUUGUGGCUCUGGAGCAAAUUCUCCGAUCUCUCUACAAAAUCGAUCAUCAAAAUUGUCGAAUUUGCAAAAAUUGUUCCUGGAUUUACCGACCUCACUAUUGCUGAUCAGAUUACUUUACUCAAAAGCGCUUGCCUCGAAAUUUUGUUCUUUCGCAUCUGUAGUCGUUAUGAUGCAACAAAAGACACAAUGUCAUUUUCCGAUGGUCUUACUUUGACCAGAACACAACUCCGGAAUUGUGCAUUUGGACCCAUGACAGAACAGGUCUUCGGAUUCGCUCAAUCUCUCACACCGUUUGAGCUCGAUCACACCGAAGGAGGAUUGUUAUGUGCGAUUUGCUUGAUAUGCGCAGAUCGUCCUGAACUGGAACAGCCUGAAAAAGUGGAAGAACUGCAAGAGCCGUUAGUCGAAGGUUUAAAAUGGUACGCCCGUAAACGCCGUCCAAAUAAACCUCAUGUGUUCCCAAAAAUGUUGAUGAAAAUUGCCGACUUGAGAUGCAUUGGUUUUAAAGGUGCGGAUAGAGCGGCUUCCAUCAGAAGUGAGCUCCCGAAAAGCGCCAUGCCGCCAUUGAUGUCCGAAAUGCUAGUCGAUGAGGAGAACGAAGAAAAGUGAAGCCGGAGUCCGCAACGGGCCUAAUCCGGAUAAUUCUAUUCGGAACCGGUGUAUAAACAGUCGAAGUAUCGCGGAAAGCCGGAUUUCAGUAUGACGGGAAUAGAAACUGUCGCGACAGUGUCAGCUCGUCACAUUUUUAAAUAGGGCUAUCAGCGGCCACCGAUAAAGAGGUGAUAAGCCGCGUAUUCAGGCCGUGGUGCACAUUUGGGUCAGAAAUGGCCCGUUGAAAAAAAUCCCAAUUUAUAAUGCCUGACUUUGGAAAAAUAUUUCAAACAGACUACUUAUAUUUGCAGUAAUAAUAAUUAUCUGCUAGCUAUUAUGACGUCGUUUGAUGACGUCACCCGGUCUUGUAAUGCCUCAAUCAUGUUUUCUUUCCUUUCACAAAUAAAUGACUUGCCUUCGUUUCGGCCUCGCAAUUAAAUAUUAAUAACAUCAUUAUUCUUUAAUGACGAAUAUUAUUCUCGAAUUGCGCCCAUACGUACAUGUUUCUUUAUCGACAAAUCACGUAUGGACAAAGUUCAAGCCGAAGAUAACUUCGUGGUAUUAUAUUACACCAGUAAUAUUGCAAUUGUUGAAUUUCGUUUCAGUAAAUUUUUUCUUCUUUUUUUCGUUUUUAAGGCAAUACCCUUAUAUAUUAUUAUUUCUUUAUUAUAUCCUUAUUUUUAUUUUAAACUUCGAAUAUAUAAAAUUUGUUUUCGAUUCUGAACCAGCAGAAGCCAACUUCUGCUGUACUCCCAGUCAGAAUUUUUCCGUUUAUCAACACAAGGGUUUGUGCUGCUCACUCUGAGCAUCGUUACUGGUCGCUGUGAGUGAAAUUAUUGGUAAAUUUGUAUUUUUUCGAUAUGUUGUUCUAGCAUGUUCCUUGUAUACGCAAAGCGCGUAAGAACUAGGAUCUUGCUUGAUUUAAAUUGUGUUUGAAAAGUAUAAAAAAUAAACCAAAGUGUUGUAGAUUUAUUUCGUUUGAUAAAACCCAUAAAAUGUGCCUUCCGUUUUAAAAUCUGAAUCAUUAUGAAAAAAUAAAAAUCUUUAAUCUUGAAUUUUAUAGUAAAUUUCUGUAAAUCAUGCUCUGUUUGUUGUUUAUUCGUUCAUUAUGAGAAAAGUUUCGAUAAGAUGUCAAAAAUUUUUCUUUAGUGCCCUUUUCUAUAUAAAUAUUAUAUAAAUAAUGCCCCUCUGUAAAAUAAAUUUUUUUCGUUUGUUUUCGCUUUUUGCAGAAAAAAAAGUAUUUUUUACUUGUAUUAUUAUGAGCAAACGUGUGAAUUUUUGAUUGUUUUUCGUUUCGCACGAAUUUAGUUCUUUUCGUGUGAUUACACAUUUCGAUACGCGUGCCUGUGUUCAUUACAAUCUGACCCAAUCAGAAAGAAUAUUACAUGCGGCCAAAUAUAAAUCAGUUAUGGUUUAUGUUCGGCAAAAAGUAAUUUCUGAUUGGGUGUUACUAACAUACGUCCCCCUAUUCUUGUAUUAUGACGUCAUCGUGACAAAAAUUUAUCUUUUGUGGUUUCGAAAAUAUUGCGUUUGUUACCUCAUACCUGUAAUGGUGACGUCAUAUUUACGAAUAUAUGCCCAAUUCUUUUUGGUGACGAUAUUUCUUUUGCGGUGGCUUUUUCAUUAUUUGAGUUCGAAAAAAUAUUUUCAGCAUUAUUAAAGAAAAGUUACCAUAGUUA